AUGAACACAGAUGGUUCUUUCGAUUCUCAGACGCAGCACGGUGCUGGCGGAGGAGUGGUUCGUGAUCAUAGUGGAGCCCUCAUUGUUGCCUUCUGCUCCCUAUGUGAUGCUACUUCUAGUUUUGAGGCUAAGUUAACUGCCCUGCUCGAGGGCCUUAGGUUCGCUAUCAUUUUCUCUGAUCAUAUAUGGGUUGAGAUGAAUGCGGCGGCGAUCGUUUUGCUCAUGUCUGCUGUGCAUCAUGGUCAUGCUAGUAUUCGUCAUACUGUUGUUUGGAUCAGGCAACUUAUUCAGCAUAGACAGAUUCGCCAGUUAAAGGAGGGUAAGGCCGGGAUGGUGGCCUUAAAGCUUGAUAUGAGCAAGGCAUAUGAUAGGGUCGAGUGGACUUAUUUGGAGGCCGUUAUCCAAAAACUGGGAUUUCUGGACCGUUUGCGAAGGGUGAUUAUGAAGUGUAUGAGGUUAGUGCCUUUCAGUUUUCUUAUGAACAUGAGCAUUUUUGAUGACCUUGUGCCGUCGAGAGGCUUGAGGCAAGGGGACCCUUUAUCCCCAUUUCUCUUCGUCCUCUACGCACAAGGGAUAUCUUUUCUUUUCCAUAGGGCUCAAAGGAAACAAGUUAUCCAUGGGGUUCCGAUUGUGCCAGGCGGGAGCAGGUAUCCAUCACUAUCUCAGCCUCCCUACGUUCCAUCUCUGGCAAAAGAAACUCCAAUUUGGAUAAUGGAGAAGAUUCAGAAAAAGCUUGCUUGUUGGAAUCAGCGUGAGUUCAUUGGAGCUGGAAUAGAGGUUCUUUUGAAGGCUGUUAUACAAUCAAUACCCACUUAUGCAAUGCAGUGUUUUCGGCAUCCCGAUUCAAUUUGUGAAGACAUUAAUCGCCUUAGUGCUGGCUUUUGGUGGGGGGAUAAGGAGGACAAAAGAUAUAUGCAUUGGCGAAAAUUGGAUGCUUUGUGUACCCCGAAAGAAUGGGGCGGAAUGGCUCGCUACUUUCGGGAGGGAGAUAUCAUGAACGCGGAGGUCCGACCCAACACAUCCUAUAUUUGGAGGUCUUUGGCAUGGAGUCGCGACCUCAUUGAACGAGGCCAGAUUUGGAAGGUGGAAGACGAACAUAAAAUAAAGGUUUUUGAUUAUGUAUGGGCCAAGACUACUUAUGGUAUAAAGCUGGCAAGAAAAGAGGACGACACCCCUAUCGAUAUUAGGGUGGCAGACCUCUUUGACGAGGAGAGGGCCUGGGAUAGGGACAAAAUUCAGCGCCUGCUCUAG